AAGUGAGGAAACCCAUCGCCAAAUAUUGCCUUGGAGAAGACGAAAACCCCUAAAUCCUCCAUUAAUACGACCUCAAUCCUCUCCCUUUGUGCACACCAGGGAUCGUGAUUGUGGCUCUGUGAAACUCUUGAAUUGUUUUUAUUUUUGUUUCAGCAACAAUGUUUAGGAAUCAGUACGAUACGGACGUGACGACAUGGAGUCCGGCGGGGAGGUUGUUUCAGGUGGAGUACGCGAUGGAGGCCGUGAAGCAAGGCUCCGCUGCCAUUGGCCUCCGAUCCAAGACCCAUGUGGUUCUUGCCUGCGUCAAUAAGGCUAACUCUGAACUAUCCUCGCACCAGAAGAAGAUCUUCAAAGUCGACGAUCACAUCGGCGUCGCCAUUUCCGGCCUUACUGCUGAUGGACGCGUUCUUUCCCGUUAUAUGAGAUCUGAGUGUAUCAAUUACAGUUACACUUACGAAUCUCCGCUUCCCGUUGGUCGUCUCGUAGUUCAACUUGCCGAUAAGGCUCAGGUCUGCACCCAACGCUCAUGGAAACGUCCAUACGGUGUUGGUCUGCUGGUAGGUGGUCUGGAUGAGUCUGGCGCUCAUCUCUACUACAACUGCCCGAGCGGGAAUUACUUUGAAUAUCAAGCUUUUGCCAUAGGAUCCCGUUCUCAGGCUGCAAAGACAUACUUGGAAAGGAGGUUUGAGAACUUCAAGGACUCUUCUAGAGACGACUUAAUCAAAGAUGCACUGAUGGCUACCAGAGAAACCUUGCAAGGAGAAAAACUAACUUCCUCCAUAUGCACGAUUUCCAUUUUGGGAGUUGGUGAACCUUUCCAUAUACUGGAUAGGGAAACUGUUCAGAAGUUGAUUGAUGAAUUUGAGAUUGUUAAGGAGGAUGAUGUUCCUGCUGCGGAUCAGGAUGUCGCCCCGGAGCAGGGUGAUUCUGCUGCCCCCGAACCAGCUGCUGCAGGGACAGACCAAGGUAGUGCCCCAGAUCAAGGCGUGGCGCCAAUGGAUAUCUAAGGGCACACACCGUGCAGACGUUGCCUCUCCCUUCCCCACUUCCUGGGUAUUGCUGUUAGGUUUGGAUCUUUAGUGCAGACAUUUCGAUACUUCUCUAUUGUGGCCUCAGAUUUCGAUUUUACAUUUAUGAAAGUUGUAUCAGACCGUUUAAAAUGCGUUAUCACAACUGAUUAUGUUUUUCUAUUAUAUUAUUGUGAGAAGAACAUUAAGCUGAUCCACAAUGGUCCUUAGACA